CCUCGCCCUCGCCGCCUCACCGCGCACGGAGCGCACGGCUGCUCGCCGCCGCCGCUGCGCGUCCCGCGCCACCGUACCCGACUCGCCUCUCAGCCUGUGUUGAGCUUACAUGACCGAGCGCGUCACCAUCGACCUCGGCGAGGAGGCGCUGUCGUGGAGCGGCCUCCGGCUGAGCGUGCGCGUGGCGCAGACGCACAGGCGAAACUGGCGUCGCCGCGCGAGCGCUCGUACGUCCAACGCGGGGGAGCGCAAGGUUAUACUCGACGACGUGAGCGGCUGCGUUGCGCCCUCCGAGAUGAUCGCAUUGAUGGGCCCGAGCGGCUCUGGCAAGACGUCGUUGCUCUCUCUCCUCGCGGGCCGCGCUCCCAAGGGCGCCAAACUGGAGGCGGGGGAGGUGACGCUCGGCGGCGCCGCGCCGACCAAGGCCUUCUUCCGCCGUUGCGGCUUCGUCUUCCAGGACGACCUCCUCCUCGCCGCGCUGACGGUACGCGAGACGAUCGAGUUUGCCGCCCGGUUGCGGCUGCCGCAGUCGCUCGGCGACGAGGAGCGCGACCGGCGGGUGCAGACGACCCUGCAGCAGCUCGGCCUGGAGCACUGCGCGCACACCGCCAUCGGCAGCGAGAAGAAGCGCGGCGUCAGCGGCGGGGAGAGGAAGCGCACCGCCGUCGGCGCAGAGCUCGUGGCUCGGCCGCCGCUGCUCUUCCUCGACGAGCCGACGUCCGGCCUCGACGCCGCCACCGCGCUCUCGCUCACGAGCUGCCUCCAGUCCGUGGCCCGCACCAACCGGAUGAUCCUGGUGCUGUCGGUCCACCAGCCGCGCUCCAACAUCUUCUCCCUCUUUGACCAGCUCCUCCUCCUCUCCGGCGGCCGCGUCGCCUACAACGGAGCGGCGGCCGACGCCGUCGCCUACAUGCAGGGCGCGCUCGGAGAGGCGCUGCCAAGUCUCACCAAUCCGGCCGAUUGGCUCAUCGAUCUCGUCGACGAGCGGCCCGCGCAGCUGCUCGACUGCUGGGCGCGGGAGGGGCGCGGCGACGGCGGCGCGGGCGCGGACGGCGGCGCGGUGGAGGAGGCGAGCUCGCGGCGCGCCAAGCUGCCGUCGGCGGCGCGGCUGGCCGGGUCGCAUUUUGCCACGAGCAGCUGGUGGCAGUUUUGCGUGCUGCUCGAGCGGAGCGCGAAGCAGCAGCGCGGCGACGUCUACAACCUGACCAACAUCUUUCAGAUCCUCGCCGUCGCCGUCAUCGCCGCCAUCCUGUGGAGCGGCGCCACGACGGUGAGCGACAUCAAGGGCGUCCUCUUCUUCGUCAACAUCCAGCAGGCCUUCAACGCGCAGAACACGGUGCUGCGCCUGUUCCCGCUGGAGAGGCAGCUCAUGCUGCGCGAGCGGCGUUGCGGCACGUACCGCAUGCUGCCCUACUUCCUGGCGCGCUCCGCCGCCGACUCGUUCGCCAUUCUCGUCCUGCCCGUGCUCUACGCCAUCAUCAUCUACUUCUCCGUCGGGCUGCGCCCCGGCGCGGGCCCGUUCUUCACCUACCUCGCCCUCUCGCUGAGCACCGUCUUCACGGGCCAGUCGAUCGGCCUCUUCAUCUCUCUGCUCAUCCCGGACCUCGCCCUCUCCUCGUGCGUGUCCUUCAUCUUCGUGCUGAUGGUGAUGCUAUUCGGAGGCUUCUACGUCGGCGUCGACCGCAUCCCGGGGUGGAUCUCGUGGAUGCGGUACGCGUCCUUCAUGUUUUGGGGCUACAGCGGCAUGGUGAUCAACGAGUUUGGCGGCCGCGAGGUCGACUGCGACCAGGCUGGCGUCGGCGAGUUUGGCGACGCGUGCCCCUUCUCGGGCGACGAGGUGAUCCGCGCGCUCGGCUACGACGGGCUCUCCGUCGGCCUCUGCGGAGCCAUGCUGAUCACCAUCGCCCUCGCUCUGCGCGUGGCGGCCUACCUCUGCCUCCGACUCAACAUCACGCUGGGCGUCUGA